AAGUAACGUCGAGUUGGGUUUGUCUCUCAUACAAAGACGAGAGAGCUCUCUCUCUGUCCAUAGCUUUGGGUAUUAGUCAGCAAUGAGUGAAAAGGGGAAUUGCAUUGGAUAUGCUGCAAGGGAUCCAUCUGGGGUUCUAUCACAUUAUGAGUUUAGCCGCAGGGAUAUUGGAACCGAGGAUGUUUCCGUUAGAAUCACUCAUUGCGGAGUUUGUUAUGCUGAUGUGAUUUGGACCAGAAAUAAGCAUGGAGACUCAAAGUACCCUUUAGUGCCUGGACACGAGAUUGCAGGUAUUGUAAAAGAGGUAGGUUCAAAUGUUCAGCGGUUUAAAGUUGGUGACCGUGUUGGAGUGGGAACGUAUGUUAACUCAUGCAGAGAUUGUGAGUAUUGCAAUGAUGGACUUGAAGUUCAGUGCGUAAAGGGAUCAGUUUUUACCUUUAAUGGUGUUGAUGCUGAUGGUACAGUUACCAAAGGGGGAUACUCUAGUCAUAUAGUUGUUCAUGAUAGGUACUGCUACAAGAUACCUGAUAACUACCCCUUGGCCUCAGCUGCACCUUUGCUCUGUGCCGGAAUUACUGUUUAUGCUCCCAUGAUGCGCCAUAAGAUGAACAACCCAGGUAAAUCUCUAGGCGUGAUUGGGCUUGGUGGUCUCGGUCACAUGGCAGUGAAGUUUGGAAAGGCAUUUGGUUUGAAUGUAACAAUUUUCAGCACGAGCAUAUCCAAGAAAGAGGAAGCCUUAAGUCAGCUUGGUGCCGAUAAAUUUGUGCUCUCAUCUGACCAAGAGCAGAUGAAGGCCUUGGUGAAGUCGCUUGACUUUAUAGUUGACACAGCAUCUGGUGAUCACCCAUUUGAUCCAUACAUGGCAUUGUUGAAGACUGGUGGAACAUUUGUCUUGGUGGGAUUUCCCAGUGAAGUCAAAUUCAGCCCUGCAAACCUUAAUCUAGGUAUGAGAACCAUUUCAGGUAGUCUAACGGGUGGAACAAAGGAUACACAAGAAAUGAUAGAUUUUUGUGCCGCUCAUGGAAUCCACCCAAUGAUUGAAGUAAUUCCAAUUCAAUAUGCAAAUGAAGCUAUUGACAGGCUUACAAAGAGAGAUGUGAAAUACCGAUUUGUGAUUGACAUUGAAAACUCCCUGAAAUGAUACCAUGGAAGAUAAGCAGAAUUUCAAAGUAUCUAGUAAAAUAAGAUAAGCAGAAUUUUUCCUCUUUGAUUUUGUUGUCUAGUUAGAACUUUACAAGGCGGUGUGUUUAGGGUGAGAAUUCCUUGAGAAACUUGUUAUUGGCAUUGAACUUCUGCAUAAUUUGAUAGAGAGAACCGAGACUAUGUGAAAAAACAUCAAAUUUCUAAUGGGAUUG